GACCUUCAGCAGGGCCGGAAUCACCAUGUUUUCUCCGGCGGGCCUAGCAGGGCUGUCGGCUUGGGCCGUGCAGCCGCAAUGGAUCCAAGUUCGAAAUAUGGCAACCUUGAAAGAUAUUACCAGGCGACUAAAAUCAAUCAAAAACAUCCAGAAAAUUACCAAGUCUAUGAAAAUGGUAGCAGCAGCGAAAUAUGCCCGAGCUGAGAGGGAGCUGAAACCAGCCCGAGUGUAUGGAAUAGGAUCCUUGGCUCUAUAUGAAAAGGCUGAUAUUAAGGUGCCUGAAGACAAGAAGAAACAUCUCCUUAUCGGUGUGUCCUCAGACCGAGGGCUUUGUGGUGCUAUUCAUUCCUCGAUUGCUAAACACUUAAAGAGUGAGGUGGCCAAUCUCACAGCAGCUGGGAAAGAAGUUAAGAUUGUUGGAGUUGGUGAUAAACUCAGGAGUAUACUUCACAGGACUCAUUCUAACCAGUUUCUGGUGACAUUCAAAGAAGUGGGGAGAAGGCCCCCUACCUUUGGGGAUGCGUCGGUCAUUGCCCUUGAACUGUUAAAUUCUGGAUAUGAAUUUGAUGAAGGGUCUAUCAUCUUUAACCGAUUCAGGUCUGUCAUCUCCUACAAGACAGAAGAAAAGCCCAUCUUUUCCCUUGGUACCAUUGCAAGUGCUGAGAGCAUGAGUAUCUAUGAUGAUAUUGAUGCUGACGUGCUGCAGAAUUACCAAGAAUACAGCCUGGCCAACAUCAUCUACUACUCUCUGAAGGAAUCCACCACGAGUGAGCAGAGUGCCAGGAUGACGGCCAUGGACAAUGCCAGCAAGAAUGCUUCUGAGAUGAUUGACAAAUUGACUUUGACGUUCAAUCGCACCCGCCAAGCUGUCAUCACCAAGGAGCUGAUUGAAAUCAUCUCCGGUGCUGCGGCUCUGUAACGAAGAUUCAGCCAGCUGAUUUUGUUUUUAGCUUACUGCUGUCCUUGUCAGAAGAAAUUGUUGGUCCACUGUUUAAAUUAGUAAAGACAGCGAGAUAUUUGUAAAUUAUCUUACAAUAAAUGACUCACCAUAAGAAAAUCACUGUCUUUUCUUAUUAUAUGAGAACAGCAGUUUUCCAAAUGAGAUCUUAAAACACUUAAAAAUAUUAACAUGCUACUAUUAAGAAGAUAGUUGAAGAGGCUCCUCUGAUUUUCUGGUUGCCUAACAGCCGUGGAAAGCCUGGCCUCCGUGGGGUCAGAGUGGAAGGAAGAGGCACCAGGCCACAACCCCAGCCCAGGCACCUGAGCGCCACACCUUCAUAGAACAGCCAGCACAGGGAAGCAAACGCGCUGUCCAGGUCAUCUGCUGUUUCUCACGUGCACGGUGUAGAAUGUCAGGCAUAUACUAAAUCUAAAUAAAUUUUAAAAUCUUUUCCAAGGACUGAGAAACAUUUCAGUAGGAUAUUUACUCCAUAUUCGCAUUUAGAUAACCAUUAAGAUUGGGCGCGUGAGCUAUUCCACACAGCGAGCUGGCCAUGCCAAACAAAGUGUCAGGGUUUUUUCCUAUUUAUUUAAAAGACGGCUUAGGGGUUUUUAUUGCAAAAGUAGUGUAGGAAUUACAAAAGACUGUAGAACUAUAAAAAAAUAGAAAGCCCAUUCUCACUUAACACUUUAUAUUACUCUUUUAAAAAACAUUAAAUAAAUACAUGCAUAUGCUAUUAUUUUGCCAAUAACUAUUCAUAAAAAUGAACAAUAAGUGAUACAAAAAUGGAUUAGCAACCACAAACCUGUAAAGAGCAGUGUUGCCACUUUAAGAAGAAGGCUGCCAGGGAAAGAAACUGAACAGAAUCUCAGGGUCAUUUUCUAGCUUCCCUGAAAUGUUACAAGAGGCAUUUUGAUUUCUGAGCCUUUGUGACAUUUGUUUUUCUCUGAAGGCUCAUAGGUCUUUACCUGUGUUGCUCUGAAAUGUCACAAGGAUAAUUGUUAAUAAGCCUCCUUGGGGAAGUGUUUGCACACUUGGACAAGUACUUCUGUGUUCUUAAUUUUUGGAAGUGGAAUCAAUGACUCAGACUACAUACAUUUUUUAAUUUAAUAGACACUGCCAAAUAGCUCUCAAAAAAGGUGGUAAACUUGUGCUAACAGUGUAUAAAAUUGAUUUCCUCUACUCGCUGAGACUGUCUUUUAAUCUUUAAUGAUCUGAUGGGUGAAAAGACAAUAGACUACUCAUUCAUUGCCCUUUUUUUUAAGUGAGUUUUUCUCUUUUUCUCAUUGAAACAGAAGAGUUCUUUGCCUAUGAGUGACAUCAGCUCAUCUGUGUUGCAAAUUAAUUUGUGUUAGAAAGUUUGCACUUCCACUACUUUCUUGCAGAUGCAGCAUGGGGUCUUGAGAAAUAAAACUAAGCAAGGAUUUAACUUUACCAGCCACACGAGUGUUCGAUGUAUAGAGCAGUGGUUAAGAGCAUAAACUUGGGGCAAACUGGGUUGGAAUCCCAGUUCAGCCCUUAACCAGCUGUGUUGACAUUGGGCAAGUUACUUAAUCUUUCAGUUUUAUCAUCUGUAAAAUGAUGAAAAUAGUACUUACCUCGUAGGGUUGUUAUGAGGACUAAAAGAAUCAAUAUUUGCAAAAUACUUAGAAACUGAUGUGGGACGAAUGCUGUAUCUGAUUAAAUGUUGCCUGAUCUAUGUAAGUGACCAUCGGUUCAAUAUCGUGUUUCUGAUGUUCUGUGUAUCAGCACUCUUCAAUUCUGAAGCUACGAUGAUGAUAAUUAUACUUCCCUAUAGGAGCUUACCAUCUGGAGCAAAGACAAGCAAAUAAUGAAAAAAAAACGUGGUAAGGUUUUUUGGUAAACUGUUAUUGAAGUAUAGUGUAUGUACAAAAGAAGGCAUAAUUCAUAAGUAUAUGGCUAAGAAAAUUUGCAAAGUGUAAACACUCAUGUAUCUACAAUCUAGAUCAAGAUCUAAAAGGUCCUGUCGUUACAGAAGCCUCCCUUGUGUCCCUGCCCUUUUUGUUAUCUCCACAAAAGUACCCACAAUCAUGACUUCUAUCACCAUAGAUGUGUUUUGAUUGUUUUUGAAAUUUAAGUAAACGGAAUCAUACAGA